AUGACGGGCGUCUCGGACGCCGCGCACGCCCGCAUCUACGCCACGCCGCGCGCCGCGCGACCGGAGUUCGCCUUUGAUGCCGCGCGCCUGCGGGAGGGCAUCACGCUCCGCAUCGACGGACGGGAAAUCGUAGCCGAUGCCGCCGUGUGGGACGGGUCCGUGACCGUCCGCUUCGACGUCGUGGACGGGGCCCGGAGCGUCUCGGACGAAGUGGCCCUGAAGAUGGCGCCCGUUCUCACGCACCACAACCUCCAGGCCGUCGAGACCAUCGUCAGCACCGCGCCCGAUGCGGCGCACCCCGGGCAAGAGGCCUUUGUCCAGAAACUCGACGCCGCGCGCGUGGCCGCCGGCAUCCGAAACCCCUUGCUCCUCCUCAACCAGUCGAGCGACGUCUGGGCGCAGGACUUCUUCGAGCCCGCCUACGCGAGCAUGCCGGGCCCCCGCGGUCCCGUGGCGAUCCGCGUGAUGCUUCGCUCGGCGCAGUCCACCCGUGCGAGCGGACGACAGGUGUUUGAGCAGCUGCGGGGACCGGGCAUCGAUAGCUUGGGAAACCUCGAGACCAUACCCCCGUAUACAUCGCGCAAGGGCGUCGAGUACAACGCCGGACGCAUCGUCGUGGGGAAACAUUUCCACCGGGAGCCCGCCCGCGUGAUACUGGAUUUCUUGCGAGCGCAAGGCGUCCAGACGCCCUUGAUGCUCGAGGCGGGCUGGUUGGCCCUCGGCCACGUGGACGAAUUCGUGCAAUUUGUGCCCUUCACCAACAGCCUAGGCUUCACCAUUGCCGUCGCCGAUCCCGCGUCUGGACUGGACAUCCUGCGUCGCGCGAGGGACGGUGGUUACGGGGAUACGCUCGCCAUCAGCCAGGCAGAUAGCCAUGCGAGCCACCGAAAUCCCCGGAUGACCAUCUCGGACGCCCUUUCGAACUUGACGUUUAUCGAAGCGAACGAAUACGCCCAGAAACACAUUGAAGCGAACCUCAAGAUCCUCCUUGCCGAGAUACCCCUCAGCGGAAAGGAUGUAAUUCGAGUGCCCUCUCUCUAUAAAGAUGCGGACUUCGCCCUCCCCAUUCCAGACGGAGGACUCCCCGCCGAGAUUUCUCCGCUUGUCAAGGGCGAAAGGCACCUCGUCGCCUUUAGUCCGUUCGCCAUCAGCGGCGUGGUCCUCGGCGACACGUACGUGUGCUCGAAGCCUUGGGGCCCCAUGAUAAACGGUGCAUACGCGUUUGACAAGGAGGUGGAGAAGGCCUACGCCAAGGCGGGCCUGAAUGUCUCGUACGUGGAUGAUCUCGCGAACCAUCACGUCGAUGGCAGGGGCGUACACAGCAGAUCCAAUACCUUGCGGGAUAUUCGCGUCGUGUGGUGGGAGUGA